CGAAGUUCUCAAAUAAUUAUAUCAGUUGCAAAGCACCUGUUACAAACACAGGAACUAAUCCUAGCAAGGAACCCCAAGUCAUAGUUAAUUAAGUAAUUAGGAAAUUUAUACUUAGAGUUGCAAAAUGGUCUUCGAUAUCAGUGUUAAUUGCCCACUAUUCGGAAAAUAUAGAUUUGAAUUUUUAUCUGCUUUAUGUGCAAAUAUCAUAGCUAUCGCCCAUGGAGCAGGGAUAGCCUGGCUAUCACCAACUCUUUUGCUCCUACAAUCUGAAGAUACCCCUCUAGCAUCGGGAGCACUUGACGUCAACGAAGCGUCAUGGCUGGGAUCACUUUUGUGCGUUGGAGGAUUCGCAGGAAAUCUGGGAUUCGGUUUCAUUGCAAACCGAUGGGGCAGGAAAAGAGCGCUUUCUCUUAUAGCAUUUCCCCAAAUGUGCUUCUGGAUUAUCGUUACUUUUGCAAAUGACAUAAGGUUUCUCUAUGCAGGCAGAGUAUUAGCGGGCAUGACAGGCGGAGGGUGCUUUGUAACCAUCCCUCUCUACAUUUCUGACAUUGCUUCAAAGGAGAUUCGCGGCAGUUUAGGAUCAAUAUUAAUGUUAGCGGUAAACUGUGGCGUAUUGGUUGGAUACUCUGUUGGAUCAUACUUACCAUACACUGUAGUUCCGAAAGUCACUAUUAUUUUCCCGGUCGUGUAUCUUUGCCUAAUAUUAUUUUUCCCAGAAACUCCACAAUUUUUACUACUCAAAAAUAAUCUGGAUGGAGCCAAGGCAUCACUUUGCUUCUACCGCAACAUUGACCCGAAAAGUUCCACAAGAGAAGUGGUUCAGAGAAUAGAGAAGGAAAUCGACGAAAUGAGAAGCGCAAUGGGAAAUACACCAACAAAAGAGGCAUCCUUCAAAGAUUUUGCAUCCAAGGACGCACUUAAAGGUAUGCUACGAGGAGUCGGCUUAGUAGGGGUCAACAUCUUCAGUGGAAUUUUCCUCAUUGUUAAUUACAACGCAACAAUAUUCAAAGCAGCUGGAAUCAAUAUUGCGCCCAACGAUGCAACGCUUAUUGUAGCAGUUUCACAGAUAGCUGGCACGUAUCUGUCGACGCUUAUAGUAGAACGUUUCCGCCGAAAAACUUUACUCAUCCUUACCACGGCCACAGCAGGAUUAGCUCUCACAAUAAUGGGAACCUCAACAUAUCUGUCCCAAUUUUACGACAUGUCUGGGUUAUCUUGGUUACCUGUAGCAAGCUUGUCGUUUAUGGUCUUCGCAGCAUCUUCUGGAUAUAUUCCUCUUACUUUUGUUGUCAUGAAUGAAGUGAUACCAAGACCGGUGAGACCGCUUGUGUCGAGCGUUUGCAAUGCCGUCUUGAAUACAUUUGCUUUCGCAUCCUUGAAACUCUUGCCGAUGCUGAUUGAGUAUGCGGGUCUGCACGUCGUUGUGUGGAUAUGUGCUGCAAUGUGCUUCCUUGGAGUACUUUUUAAUGCCAUAUGUAUUCCAGAAACUAGAGGAAAACUAAUUUAAUAAUUAAUUAGGCGAAUAGCGAAUAGAAUUUAAAUUAAAUU